UGUGUCUGAGCUCUUUCGUGACUUUGUGUGGCACACCAGAAAUAUGGGAUAUUCGCUGAAUAUGAAAUUCAUGGUUCAGUCAUACAUGUACACAAUAUAGGACAUGCCAAGCCCCCCAAGGCGAGAAGGGAUUAAAUAUGACGCAAUCUGUAUUGACGGGCUAACUAUUUAUACCGCGAAAUUUUUAAAGUUUGGAGCGAGUGGAGUUUUCAUAAAUCGAUGUCCAAGCCAGCCUACCAGAAAAUCUCACUUAGCUGUAGUGUGUGAAGUAAAAAAAUUUAGUAAAAAAUCAAGUAUAUUUAGCUCUAGGGUUAUAGUUUAUGAUAAACAUGAUGCGUUUAUUUUCCUACGUGACUGAAUCCGCGAGGGUAUUGGCACAAUGGUUAAUAGUGCAA